AUGUCGACCAUACGCCAUGGCCUGCAGAAGACGCUCUGCCUGCGUCAAACGGCCAGAACGCAGCUACUGAAGCCGCAAUGGCAGCGACCAAGCUUCCAAGUGGGCGUCAAGAGCAUGGCGACAACGACCAACCCCGAACCCAAGUUCACCGCGCCCAGCAGCAACGUCGAUGCACCCCCCGAAGAGCCGUUCGUAGGCAUUGAGAGAGCCCGCCCCAUCCCCGUCUCCCCGUCCUACUUCUCGAGAGAGCCUCACUUCAACGAUGCGUACAUCAAGCUAUCGACCCUAGUGCAGCGAUAUCAGCACCUCCCGUUGGCGCCGCCCGAGAUGGUCCCUCGACAACUAUGGAAGACCCUCAAAGGGUAUCGUACAACAUACGGAGAGCCGGUCAAGGCGAUGCCUUACAGUCAAGUCUUGUCAAUGGUCAAGCGGUUACAUCAAAUCUACCCCAAGAUGAUGCCCGAGGAGGUCAAGCUGGCUCUCCAGGAGUUCAAGAGAGAUAUCGACCCGUUCAAGAACGUUGCCAAGGUCACUCCUCUGGACAAGCACGGCCGCGCUCUGGGCAUCGGCCGGAGAAAGACAUCGAGCGCGCGCGCCUGGGUUGUGGAGGGCACUGGCGAGGUGCUGGUCAACGGCAAGUCUCUGAACGAGGUAUUUGGCAGGAUUCACGAUCGCGAGAGCGCCAUCUGGGCGCUUCGAAGUACCGCGAGGACGGACAAGUACAACGUGUGGGCGCUCGUGGAUGGCGGCGGUGUGACUGGUCAGGCCGAGGCCCUGACAUUGGCAAUUGCCAAGGCUAUGUUGGUUCACGAGCCGGAUUUGAAGAGGGCAUUGAGAAAGGCCGGCUGCAUCACCCGCGACCCGAGGAACGUGGAGAGAAAGAAGCACGGCCACGUCAAGGCCAGAAAGAAGCCUGCCUGGGUCAAGCGAUAA